AUGGAAAAGCUGGGGGCGGAGCCAGGGGAGGAAGCCGGCUGCGACGACGAAGAGGACGCGGCUGAGGCCAUGGAGCGGGCGGAGGCGGGGAAGGCCGGGUGCUCGCCCGGUGCGCCGCUGCCUGAGGAGCCCGGCGGCCUCCCUUGGUUGGUGCCAGAAGGAGGUUCUUCAUCCAGAGUAAUAGUACAUGUGGAUCUGGAUUGCUUUUAUGCACAGGUGGAAAUGAUAUCAAAUCCGGAACUGAAGGGCAAACCUUUAGGGGUUCAGCAGAAAUAUUUGGUGGUUACCUGCAACUAUGAAGCUAGAAAACUUGGAGUUAAGAAACUUAUGAAUGUCAGAGAUGCAAAAGAAAAAUGUCCACAGCUGGUAUUAGUUAAUGGAGAAGACUUGACACGUUACAGAGAGAUGUCAUAUAAAGUUACAGAGUUGUUGGAAGAAUUUAGUCCAGUUGUUGAGAGGCUUGGAUUUGAUGAAAACUUUGUGGAUGUAACAGAGAUGGUUGAGAAGAGACUGCAGCAGCUUCAAAGCGAUGACCUUUCAGUGCUGACUGUGUCAGGUCAUGUCUAUAAUGAUCAGGCUGUGAACCUGCAUGACAUCUUGCACAUCAGACUCCUCGUUGGAUCUCAGAUUGCAGCAGAGAUGCGGGAAGCCAUGUAUCAUCAGUUGGGUCUCACUGGCUGUGCUGGAGUGGCUUCUAAUAAAUUACUGGCAAAAUUAGUUUCUGGUGUUUUUAAACCAAAUCAACAAACAGUCCUACUACCCGAAAGCUCUCAAGUUCUCAUUCAGAGUUUGAACCAUGUAAAGGAGAUGCCUGGUAUUGGCUAUAAAACUACCAAACGUCUUGAAGCUCUGGGUAUCAGAAGUGUGCGUGAUCUCCAAACCUUUUCAUCCAAAAUAUUAGAAAAGGAAUUAGGAAUUUCAGUGGCUCAGCGUAUCCAGAAGCUCAGUUUUGGAGAGGAUAACUCUCCUGUGACACCCUCAGGCCCACCUCAGUCCUUUAGUGAAGAGGAUUCAUUUAAAAAAUGUUCAUCAGAAGUUGAAGCUAAAAACAAGAUUGAAGAACUACUUGCCAGUCUUUUGAACAGAGUGUGCCAAGAUGGGAGGAAGCCACAUACAGUAAGAUUAAUAAUCCGUCGGUUUUCAUCUGAGCAUCACUGGAGCCGUGAAAGUCGUCAGUGCCCUAUCCCAUCGCAUGUAAUUCAGAAGCUAGGGACAGGAAAUCAUGAUGUGAUGACUCCAAUGGUUGAUAUACUUAUGAAACUUUUCCGAAAUAUGGUGAAUGUGAAGAUGCCCUUUCAUCUGACCCUGUUAAGUGUGUGCCUCUGCAACCUGAAAGCACUGAAUACUGCUAAGAAAGGGACUAUCGAUUAUUAUUUAACAUCAUCAUUAUCGACGACUUCACGCUCUGGGAAGCGCAGUUUUAAAAUGAAAGACUCUCACAUGGAAGAUUCUUCCAAAGACAAAGAAACAAAUUGGGAUUUUUUACCAUCUGGAAGAAUUGAAAGUACAAGAACUGGGGAAGCUCCAACAGAUACUACACAUUUUUCUAAAGAAAAAGACACUGAUGAAUUCCCACUCUGGUCACUUCCUGAAGGCAUUGACCAAGAAGUCUUUAAGCAGCUUCCAGUAGAUAUUCAAGAAGAAAUCCUUUCUGGAAAAUCUGGAGAAAAUGUUCAAGGCAAAGGAAGUUUGAAUUGUCCAUUACAUGCCUCUAGAGGAGUAUUAUCUUUCUUUUCUACAAAACAAAUGAAAGAUAGUCCCUUAAAUCCUAAAGAUCAUUUAUCCAAUAGCAAACAGAUAUCUUCUUCCUGUGAACCAGGAACAUCAGGUUUAAAUAGCAGUGGUUCCUCUUCUCCGUCUAGCCAAAAGGAUUAUUCACAUUAUUUAGACAGUAGAUUAAAAGAUGAGCGAAUGAGUCAAGGACCUAAAGAAUCUCAAGGAUUUCACUUUUCAAAUACAAACCCUGCUGUCUCUGUUUUCCAUUCAUUUCCAAAUUUGCAGAGUGAGCAACUUUUCUCCACAAACCGCACUGCCGAUAGCCAUAAGGAGCCAAUUGCAACAGUCUCUCAUCAUGAAGGACUUAAAGAAAAUAGAGAGCAAGAUUCUACUGAUGAGAAAAUUACCUUUCCUUCUGACAUUGAUCCUGAAGUUUUCUAUGAACUACCAGAAGAGGUACAAAAAGAGCUGUUGGCACACUGGAAGAGAACAGGAUCAGAUUUCCACAUUGUACAUAAAUAAGCAUCUUCAGAAAAAAAGUCUAGAAAGCAAAGGAAAGGCCAUUGUUCUCAGAUUUAGCAGUUUAUUAAGCUCCUCUAAAUCAAACACUAAUAGAUAUUCAAUAAUGUAGAAAGCUAAUAUAAAAUGUUUCAGAUGAAAGCACAUGUAGUAAUGGGAAGUAAAUUCUGGCACAAAACAUAAAAAAUAUUUAUAACAAGACAUAAUGUAAAAUUACUUUCUUAUUUCUAAAGAUAUUUUAUAUUGCUUUUCAAUAAAAAGAAUAUCAUGGCUAGUACAUUUCCCAUAAAUUAGGGGGUGGGGGUGGGAGAUACAUAUGCCUAUAUAUAAAAAAUAGGGUAGCCAAAUCAUUGCUAUGAUGUACCAAAGAACAUUUUUUUUUUCUGUGAAAUAAUGGAAUGGCUCAAGAAAUUUAAUGCAUCAGGAAACCUUCCAAAUAAGAAAUUCUGCUGCCGUCUUUUACAAAUACAGUUAUCUUUGGCUGA